AUGUUUGUGGUGCUCUACGGCUUUCCUAAUGUCGAAAGAAGUCUGUACCAGGACAGAAAGGAAUCCAGGGGCCACUGGGGUGAUCCAAACAUUGACACUCGAUAUCUGCCAAGAGUAACCGUUCUCCAGAAGGGCUGUCGUGGCUAUGGGUUUGUGGUUCAAAGUAAAAGAGCAACGGGAGGCAUAUUCGUCCCGACAGAUGAGAUACCCUCUCUGCAUUAUUUGGGCCAUGUGGAGGAAAAUAAUGUCGCUUACCGUGCAAACCUUCGGCCAGAUGACUUCAUUCUCGAGGUGAACGGCAUCGACGUUGCCACACUAUCGCAUCAAGAAGUGGUAGAAGCUAUUCGAGACUCCGGUGACAUGCUCUCGCUGAAAGUUGUCACUUUACACUCGGAUAAGAAUGAAUGUCCAAACAAAGGCUUCGGCAAUCUCGAAAGUGGUAUCUCAGUCGCUGACGGUGGAUACGCCACUUUGGGUCGUCGACCCUGUGGAGGAGGAGGGGGCUACAACUCUCUCGCAGGCACUCCGAUGUCGCCUCAGUUAAUCAAAAGUGGCUCCUUCGUAAAAAGCACUUCCGAGUUUGGUCAACGGACGUCCUCGCGGGAGUCCGGCGCUUUUGGAACUACUCGGCGAUCCAAUAACUCCGAACAGAGAUCCUUCUCUUAUGGCGGCACAAGUGAUGGUACCUACAAUUCACAAUCACACUUUGUCCCCUCACCUUCAAAGCCCACGAGUGGAAACGAAUAUUCCUACAGUAUGGUGGAUUCGGUCAUUAAGGGGAGUACACCAAGGAGACUGGUCCCACAGAAUUCCGUAGGAAUCCCCACUUCCUCACCACCCCCACCUCCACCGCCCCCGCCACCUCCCUCGGCUUGUAAUAUUAAGAAAGCAAAUGGCUUUUCAUCAGCACCAAGCCCGUCUGUCGAUUUUAAUGGUGUUCUGACACUCAAGAAGAGUUGUUUACGUCGUCCAACAAAUAGUUCAAACUUCCACGAUGAAACGAAACCCAUGGAGCCAAAACCUUCUAUCCCCUCACCGCCUCCACUCUUUCGCAACUCCAACGGCGCCGUCAAUCCUCUUCUAGCCUCCGUGCUUGCAAAACUGGAGGCUUCAGAGAACGAAGAAACCACCUCCCUUGCGUCCAAACCGUCCAAAUUCAAAUCACCAUACGCACCCAAUGAGAACAGUUUUGAGGAGACCCUAAAAGCUGCAGUCGCUCGACGUCGCAAGCAGAUGAAUCAGUCAAGGGAGUCCAGCGAGUCCGAGGACGAUUUUCAUGGUUUUCGACCCGUAGCGAGAGGCUUCAGUCAGCCUCAGUCACCGCCAUCGUCACUGGCGCAACCAAAAGUAAACGCCACGAUGCCAUGCGGCGGCGCUAGAGCGUCUGAACGCGUAACCAUGGCAAGUCGAUUUGAGGUCGGCGGAGGAGAGAGAUCGACCCACCCGGGGUCACAGCCCCCACCACCCCCACCGCCUCCGCCACCACCGCCGCCUCCGCCACCACCGCCGCCUCAGCAGCAAGACAUAUACCUAAAAUCACAGUCACCUACUAUAGCACUUUCACCACAGACGCCGAAACUGCGGACGUUACUUCAGGGCACUCCACAGAGCCCUCAUGAACGUGAGUACUGUCAGCAUGGUGACCUUCCCGAUUUCAGUAGGAAGGUCCGGAAGGCUGAAUACCAGGCGGAGUAA